AUUUUUUGAUCAUGUAAGAGUCAACGAGGACCAUGCAAUCAUAAAAGACGUAUAAACGAUAAUAAAAUAACUGCAAGUAAUAUUUAAUGCCAUGUUCGCUGCUUACAGCAAUGCACUACCGUCGAUCACACCUCACCUUGAAAGUCGCUAGUGUUAACAAUUUAAUGCUUCAUCAUGGUCCGUAAUUGGUGACGUCAAUGGUUUCCGACGCGAGUAAUGUGUCGGUGCCAGUACUUUACCCUGGUCGGUUUCAAGUGCACCUUUCAAAUGCAUUACAGUUCGUACUUCACCGUGAUCGGAAGUACUUCUGUACCGUCAGUGAUUGUGAAUCGGCAAUGACAUAUAUUCAGCACUAGUCCUCGCAAACAAUUAAUCACUCGUACUAAGUCAUUGUCAAUCAGUAAUAUAAUAUGCAGAAAUACUUACACGUUCUUCCAUAAUAAUUUCAUAAGAGUGACAACGAUGACCAAACGGUAAUUAAUCCGAACUUCUUUCUCAAUGCACUGUUAUCGCUCAGCAACGUAUCUUAAUUUCAUACGAAGGUCAUAGUUUCGUGCCUCUUAAGUCCGAUAAUUCCUAUAAAAUGGCCGAGCAAACAUUUCCUGUUAAAAUCUAAUCACACUCUGAUAAGCCAUAUAAAUAAAUCAUUACGUAUACCCCCACAACCAUUUCCUCGAGAAUCCCAUAGAUCGCUUCCUGACUGAUCGAACGAGUCAUUUCGAUUUUUGAAAUCGACUAGCUCGUUGCAAUUUGUAGGACACAUUCGUCUGCGUUGAGUUGGUCUUCGGCCUAAUUGAACGGCCAAUUGGAGAUGCGUUCGCGCGAGCGAAUCCUUGAUACCAGUUUCGUCUAAAUUGAUUCGUCUCGUUAUCACGAGCUCGACCUCUCGUCGCAGUCUACUCCAAUUGAUAACACCAACGGAGGCUCUACAUGGAUACUACUCCUUGAUCUCUAUUACCAGUAUUGCGUCGUGCGCCGCUGUACGAACGACCAUCCCAUUGCGAUUAACGGUAAAAAAUAAACGUCCGUUCGUCGCAAUUCCAGAAGUUAUAUAAAAAUAUCGAUACAUGGUCAAGACCAUUGCGACGCUGGUGAACGAAAGUACGGACAGUUCUCCAGACUGCGUCGAGGAGGAGGCCCAGAAAAAUGGAGCUGGCCGUCUGGAUUUUGGUCGCGAUCCUCCUAGUGACGCUGAUGUACCUUUAUUCAACCUGGAAUUAUAAUUAUUGGAAGAAACGUGGAGUCCCGUGUCCCGAUGGGUACCUGCCGGCAGUGGGCCAUCUGGGAAAGAUCAUCUUCCUGAAGGACGGCCUCUUCGAAAUCUGCAGCAAACACUACAAGAAGAUGGCCGGUCGCAGUAUGUUCGGUCUCUACACAAUGCGAAGACCCAUUUUGGUGCUGCGGGACCCGGAACUCGUGAAAUCCGUCCUCUCGACGAACUUCACCAGCUUCCAGGAGAACGGGUUCCCCAUCGACCCGAAGGUGGACUUUUUACUGGCGGAGAAUCCCUUUUUCACAACCGGCGAGGAAUGGAAAGAGAAGCGCUCGUUCGUGGUGAACGCCUUCACCAGCGGCAAGUUGAAAGCGAUAUCCGACAACAUCCUGAAUGUGGCCGCGAAGCUGAGUGCCUACCUGAAGAAGCGCUCCAGCGAAGUCCAGGGACCCCUCGAGAUUGACCUGAAGGACCUGUUUGCGCGAUUCACCGCAGAGGUGGCUUCCGACGUCGCAUUCGGAUUGAACGACUCGUCCUUGGGGCUGCAGGAUAAUCCCGAAUCCUUGCACAACAAGGCUAAGGACAUUUUCGCGCCCACCCGGGUCAACAUCGUGGGGCACGCCACGAUGCUCUUUUUUCCGUGGCUCUUCGAUAUCAUGAGUAUCCCCUUCAUCCCUACGAAACUCCAGCUCUACUUCGUGGACGCCGUCAAGAACGUCCUAAGUGCUCGUCAGGAGCACAGCUCGCGCAGAAACGACUUCGUGCAAAUGGUGAUAGACAAGAUAGCGACUACCGACAAGUCAGGUCGCAUCGACGUGAAUAUGGUUGCUCCUCACUCGGUGACUUUUUUCGUGGACACCUACGAGACCUCCAGUCUUACGUUGGCCUACGUGGGCUUCGAGCUGGCAUUGCACCAAGACGUUCAGGCUAUGACUCGAAAAGAGGCUCAGGAGGUUUUGGAAAAAUAUGGAGCAUUCAACUACGAGUCUCUGAAGGAGUUGGUCUAUAUGGAACAGGUGAUAAGCGAAUCUAUGAGGCACCAUCCCGUCAUCGGCCUGCAGAAGACCUGCACGGAGGAGAUCGUCCUGCAAGGAUCGGAUGGGUUGACCUGCCGCGUAGAGCCCGGGACCAGAAUCCUGAUUCCUGUUCACGAUCUCCACAAAGACCCGGAAUACUGGACCGACCCAGAGUCCUUCGAUCCUGACAGGUUCUCCGCCGAAGAAAAACAGAAUCGACCGAAGUUUGUGUUCCUGCCCUUCGGGGAAGGACCCAGGAUGUGCGUCGGCAUGAGACUGGCUAUGAUGCAGAUGAAGAUCUGCUUGACUACCCUGCUCCUGGAGUACUCCUUCCAGCUCGCUAACAGGACCAAAGUCCCUUUGGAGAUUGCACCCUCGAAUUUCUUGAGCGUUCCCAAACAUGGCGUCUGGGUUCGCCUGCGGCCAUUGAAGACCGAAGAGCGUUCCUAAACUCGGGAGAUUAGAUGUUAGAUCACUACAUAGACCGUGAUGUGGUGUCCUCCAAGAGGAGUCCUGAGGGUCGAUGAUCCAUUCCGUACCAGCUGCCAUCCAUCGACGAAGAUCGAUAAUUCAGGCAUCAAUUUGGGGUGCACCGAUUAUCGAAUAUUGAACGCGCAUCGACCCAGCACCGCUUUCGGCUACUCCGGGUUACUUAAAUCGGAUUUUCGAAGUGCAUCGAGUUAUGGUCAAUAUCGAAUGAUGAUUAAGGACGAUUCUGCUGAAUAUACGAUUUGUCUCUUAUGAGAGAGCUCUUCAUACAGAAGAAGAUAUUAAUGUCGUUUCUAAUCAUGUAUUCUCCAUGUUGAGUAGCCUACAACUUGUACACACCUCUGUAUAUGUUAUUCCAGCUUCUUAGUACGAUUUUGAGCUUUGAAUGGAUCAGUCUUCUCUUAGAGUACAGUAAUUAUAAAUGACGCAAGUGAUGCUGUAAAUACACGAGUUCGUAAAAUCGAUGUAAAUAAAAUUGUCCGCAAUAUUCACCACUGUA